GGAAACUGACAAAGUAUCGCCUUAAGACCGGUGCAUGAUGGGUAAUUGGUCAGUGCGCAGGCCUGAGAUCCUGUACACAAAAUUUGUUUGUCGCGCGUUUUGUUGAGUAAAUUUGUCGAUGAUUCCAGCUUUCUUCUGCCGGGGGAAGGGUUCGUGGUGAAGCAGCUUUCAGGAAAGCUCUCCAAGAUGCCGAGUCCAAAGAAAGCCAAUGCGGAGACUCCCCGCGGGAGUGACCUUGACCUGAGUUUGACCGGGUCACAGCUGUCCAUGGUGUCAGGGAACAAACGUUUGGGGUCAUCGUCCCAAAGACCAGGGUCGGCAGCAGCACACAGACCUGGCUCUGCUAACGUAGCAGGCAGGCCUUCUACUGCAGACUCCAGGAGGGGGAGGGGAACUAUGAGUCAGACUGUCAAUGGAUACUCCAGUGGUGCUCAGAGGAAACACAGGAGAGCUGGCAGUCACAACCCAGCUGUAGACACCCAGAGAAGUAACACCAGUGAGAGCAGUGGCAGUACAGGACUCACUCCGGUGGGGAGGGCACAGAACCUCAGACGACCUGCUUCAGCCAGCAAACUCACACAUUCCAACCCUAGGACCAAUGACACAGGUGAUGACUUUCUGUCCCUGUUUGACACCCCCAAGGUGAAGAAACAGCUCAACAGAGACAGGCCUCCCUCAGUGGGGGCCGUCAGAGUCCUGCCACCAGGAAUACCUGAGGGUAGCCCUUUCAAGAUCCCUCUGACAGACAGAACUGACAGCACCCUUAAUAGUGAACGGUCCCCUCCAGCAAACACUCUCAACAGUGAACGGUCCCCACCAGCCAAGCAGCUGAACCUCCCCAACAAUGCCACUGUUACAAGGGGCGCUCCUGCUGAAGCCAAUGUGUUGAGAAACAUUGGUGCAUCAGCGCAUGGAGCAUCAGCAGGGGCAAGUCCGACCAGCCCACCGGCCAACCAGGACUUCUCCUUACCCCGUCCCAAACAGGGCAGCCCCCCGGGAAGGCGUGGCGUUCCCAAGACGAUCAGUAAGGCCGAGGCGGAGCUGUACAUCAACAGGGUCAACAAGGCGGCCACGAGGAUACAGCGCUGGUACAGAGCAUGUAAAGAAAGGGAGCAGAGAGACAGUGAGGAGACGGUGAAACGACUGCUGACACAGAAGAGAGAGGAGAGGGAGGAGAUGAUGAGGAAAGAACAGAACAGGAGAAUGCAGGAGAUGGAGGACAGAAGGAAACAGGAGGAAGAAAAGAGAAGAAGGAGGGAGGAGAAAGAGAGACAGGCCAGACAAGCAGCCAUUCAGGAGCUACAGAAAAAGAGGGAAGAAAAACGAGCAGAGCCCAAACAGAAGCCCGAGGGAGAGAUCACGUUUCUACAGCCCAGUGGUAAAGUCACAAAAAAGGUGUCCAGACCAACUUCAGCAAAACCCAAGGUGAAGACCAAGAAAAGGGCGUCGCCCGUGAAAAAGGCAGGUUCUGAGAGCGAUAGCGAGAUAACGGAAUCGGAGGUCGGAGCAUCACCACAGAAGAGACCCGGCACAUCCAGUACCAUACGCAAGGUGGACGACAUAUUCGAUGAGCCCCAGGGUGCCACAGCAGCCCCAGAGGUUGACACACAGGACGAGACAGACAAGGACGACCUCACCACUCUGACGGACAGCAAGACUAAGACGACCUUGAACGACCUUCUGGACACCAUUAAGAUGCUUGAGGAGGAGCCUGAGAAGUUCCCCACACCGAGGAAGAGUCGAGCCUGGGGUAGUGAUGAGGAGAAGGAUAACGGGUACCUGUCAUCAGAGAAGCUGGAAAAGCUGAACCAGCCUCCCAGGACUUCCACCAGUGGGUUACCUGGGGUCAUGCUCACGGAGGACAAGCUCAGGUCCAUCAUGUCCUUCCUGGAUGAAGUGGAGAAGGCUGAUGAUGAGGUCAUCAGUCAGGUCACUAGCCAGGUCACAAAGUCUGUAGAGAGCACCCCCCGUGAUGACACCUCUGCAGCGGCUGCACCUGUCCUGCUGGUCCCCUCAGCAGAAGAGAUAGCUCAGAUGGAGCAGGCCUCCGCCACGGCGUCCGAGGUGGCCAGCGAGAUGCUGAAACAGCGGCUGGAGCUGGAGGAGAGACAGCGCUCCGUGGCCAUGCUGCAGAAGGCACUGAACCAGCAGAGAGAGCUGACAAUCCGCCAUGCGCGGGAGGGAGAGAAGGAGAUGAAACAUCGGCUCCAGGUGCAGAAGGAGGAGUACGAGGCCACCAUCAAGAGACACCUCGGUUUCAUCGACCAGUUGAUUGAUGAUAAGAAGGCCCUGAGUGAGAAGUGUGAGCGAGUUGUGAAGGAGCUGAAAGACAUGGAUGCCAAGUACAGCAAGAGGAUCAAGGAGAUGAGCGACAAGCAUAAUGAAGAGUCACAGAAAAUUAAAGACAUGCACGCAGCUGCUGAGAAACUCAGGAGAGAGAAGUGGAUCGAUGAGAAGACAAAAAAGAUCAAGGAAAUGACAGUGAAAGGUCUGGAGCCAGAGAUCCAGAGACUGAUUGCCAAGCACAAACAGGAGAUGAAGAAGAUAAAGGCGAUCCACGAGGCGGAGUUGUUGGAGGCAGACGAGCGAGCGAGCCGGCGCUUCAUCCAUCAGACUGAGGAGAUCAAGGAACAGAUGGCCAGGGAGAUCGAGUCUGCCUGUAACCGGGAGAGGGAACUGGCUAAGCAGAGGUACGAGAAACAGGCAGAACAAGAAGAGCAAGGUUUACAGCAACAAAGAAGAAGAUUGUAUGCAGAAGUUCAGGAAGAGAAGGAGAGAAUAGCAACACAGGCAGCUAAACAACGUGCAGAGAUCGACAGAAUGAAAGAGCAGCUGGAGGAGUCCAGUUCCAAGGCUAUCGAGACCAUGAGGAGGGAGUAUGAGAAGGCACGGGAUGAACAGGAGAGAAGACAUGCUGCUGAAGUAAAACAGCUUGAGGAUAAACUGAAGGUAGAGAAGGAAGCCUGGGAGGAGAACUACAUGAAGAAACAGGAUACCUGGCUGAUGCAGAAGGAGCGGGAGUUGAAGGAGAACGUGAAGCGAGACCGAGACAAGGAGAUCGAGCUGGUCAUACAGAGGCUGGACGAGGACGCCUCCUCACAGAGGGAAGAGGUGGAGAGGGCGGCCGAGAACAGGAUGAAACGUAUGAGAGAGAAGUACGAGGCAGAGAUGAGGGAGCUGGAGCGCUCAGAGAGGACAGCCAUGGACAAGUACAAUGAGAUGAAGGCAGAACUUAUCGAGGUGGAGGGAGAGAACGCUCGGCUGAAGGGUCUGCUUAGACAGAAGGAACAGGAGCUGGAGGAUAUCAACAAGGUGAAAGACAGGCUGACCCAGGAGCGGAACAAGAUGUCGGAGGUCAUCCGUCAGGAGUUCGCUGACCGUCUGGUGGCCACGGAGGAGGAGAACCGGCGGGUGAAGAACGAGAUGUCUGAGAUGCGGGCGCGGCACAAGAUGGAGCUGGACCGCAUCACCAGGGAGAAGGAGGAGGAGAUGGAGGAAGUGCACAAAAGAGUAAAGUCAGCCAUAGUGAAGAAAGAGGACACUGUAAACCAACUGCGGAAACAGUAUGAGGCUGCAGUGAAGAGAGCAGACCACUUGGAGGGGCUUCUAGAACAGCAGAGAAAACAGCUCCUGAAGAAGUAACCCUUACAGCACUCUGUCAUCAGCAUCUGUCUCCUUUCUUUGUGACUAACACUGUUAUUAUGUCGCCUGUGUUCUAAUGUUAAAUCAAUAUUUAAUAAAUGUCAAUUUCAUUGUACAGUGUUAUUAAGACUUUGUCUUUAGACAAUGACUGUUUUGAUUGUCCAAUGUCCUCUUAUAUUCGUUUGUUUCGAUAAGGUGUUCGUGAGUUUCUGAUGUUGUAAAUAUUAGGUUUAUAAGAUUAAUAAGUUUCGCUUUUGCGUCUUGUGGCAAUCAUCUAUAGAAUUAAACUGUAGCCAAAAGGUUUUUGUUCAAAUAUCAUAUGCAGCUGUGGUAACUGUAUAUAACUCCUAUUUCUCAUUUUCCUGUCAUUGUCACUCUGAAAUCCGCAUAAGAAACAUCCAAUGUUUAAAAACAUCCGUCCACUUGUCUGUUAGCCUAAGGGUAUCCAUAUCGUUAGAAGUAUCCUUUGACAAAAAAACUGGCAGCUUUAAAUAGUCAUAAGAAUUAGUUUAUUGCUGUAUACUUUUCCCAUGACAAAUAUCAUUUAUGUUGUCAUUUGGCCAUUUUACGAGCAAGAGUAAGUUUCUACUUGCAUUUGUGAUUUAAAAGCUUUAUUAGAAGUGUUUUCUCAAUUUUUCUUGAAGACUCUAGCAAUAUGAUUCUGAUGGAUCACUGUCUACUAAUUGUUCUUGAAUGUAAUGUACGGCCUCAAUCCUGCACUGGUAUAGACAUCCUUCCUCUACAAGACUGUCCAUUCUACAAAUUGGAAAGUGGGUUUACUUGAAUCAAAAGUUAACUGUUCUACACACACCUUUAAGUUACUGGACAAGAGUUGAUGUCCACAUGCUCUGCAGCACCGCAAUGCCUUGUGAUGAGGGAAAAGUAUUUUCAGAAAAAGGAACUUUACAGUCUGUACCUUGAGAAGAUAUAAACACUAGCAUGUUGCACUAAAACUAAUAUACACUGUCCACAAUCUCUUAUU